AUUGGGUGCCUAUAUGGGUCAUUGAGAACGGUACCGAGAUCCCGUGAUCCACAACUCAUAACCAGGUGACGGGGAUGCACUUAGACGAAUAAAGUAAUGAAGUGUGGACAUGGAAAAUGGUGAUGCGUUCUUGCGAUGGUUGGAGUGACAGGGACGCUCGCGGGACGAGGGGAAAUGGCUCAACCAUGAAAUAGGUGUUUACACCAAGGCCAAGAACAUGACAAGCGUUCAGGAUUAUCUACGUGAGCUCCGUGCAGCUCGGAAAGAGUUUGCAGCAGGCAGCAAACCUGGCACUGCAGCCACUACCACUGAGCAGCACAUUGGUGGCUCUCCUGCCAUCAGCCGCUCUGCCGCCUCGCCAUGGCUCAAGUCGCCAGCCGUCUCCAAGCCACUCCCGUCCGCGCCAGUGCGCGACGGUGGCGGAGGUGAGCCCGCGUUGGUUCGUCAGGGUGCUGGCCGGGGACGACCGUCCGUCGCACCAGCGAACUCCCCGGCAGUCCGUGGCACCGGCCGAGCAGCCGUUGCUCCGGCACCGGGGAGACCGUCACCAGGAGCCGCCGGAGCCCGGGGCGGCGAGGGCCGCUCACCCGCCCGCCCGGUGAAGCCGUCGGCGGCCGCCGGCGGGAGGACGCCGCCCGAGGACGCCGACAGCGACACCGACAUCAGCCACCUGAUCGACCAGCUGAGCCUGAAGUCGCCGGCCAAGGCGGCGGCGCCGCGGCGCGGCAGCAAGAUGGAGAUGCUGCGCCGCAAGUUUUCCACCUCCAGCCCCACCAAGUCGUGGGCUGACCUAGGCAGCAGCGGCGGCUCACUGAGCCGACCGCGCGCCCGCUCCUCGGUCAGCAUCCGUGACGAGAAGAUCAUCCUGAGCGGCAUCUCGGGCGACGAGGCGGACGCCACCGACUCGGCCCCAGAAGCGCUCUCGUCCGGCGACUCGUCCUCCUCUUCCUCCUCCUCCUCAAGCAGUGUGCCGACCGAGCGUGCCGCCGCUCGCCGGGCGUCCUCCUCCAGCUCCAUCCUCACGGAGCCGGCAGCGGCAGCGGCGGCGGACGCCAGCGGGGCGGCCUCGGUGUCCAGUUCCAUCCGGACCGAGUCGGCGUCGGUGGGCCGGCGCCGCACGCUGUCCAGCGCCGACGUGCCCGAGGAGCUCAGCCGCACCAUCACCUCGGUGCCCACCGGGCCCUCGGCCGGCACCGACGACUCAGAUUCCAAGUCGGACUCGGACUCGGACUCGGAGUCAGCGUCGGAGCCGGACCUGCACUCGCACCCGAGGCCGCAGGCGCAGCCGCAGCGGGAGUGCGAGCGGGAGCGGGGGAGGGAGCGCGAGCAGGGGACCGGCACAGAGUCUGAGGACUCGACGCUUCAAGAGGAGGCCUCGGAUCGCUCAGCUCGUCGCGAGCUGAGUCCGCUGUCCAGGAAGCCUGCUGGUGCCUCCGGUGAAAAGUCCGAGCCGAGUGUCCCAACGACGCAAAGCAAGCACGUUCGGAGCGCAAAGCGCGCUUCGGGCCGUCACGGCGCUCGUGCUAAGAGAGAUCGUCCCUCGAGCAGUGACCAUCGGCCCGCAAGUGCUGGAAAACAACCGCACGAAGAAGCCAGGGCCAAACCAGCGUCAACAAAGCGCCAGCACGCCGAGCGGACUUCAAGGAACCGCGGGGACCCGUCCGCCGAGCGCGGUUCGCACGGUGGCGACAGACGCAAGCCGAGCCGGGAGGCUCGAGUGAGGCCGGCCUCCGACCACGAGCGGCGCCGGCGGCGACGCCAGUCCAGCUGGCCGGACGCGCAGGACCGCACCGACGCGUCCGAGUCGCUGGUGGUGAGCUACCAGCGGCGCGUGGCCUACUCGACGUCCAGGGACUGUCUGUUCGUAGACGACGACGGCGACGACGAGCCUGUCAUCACGGCGAUGCUGGUGCAGCAGAUCGCUCUCACCCGGCACUUCCUGGCGACGCAGCAACGACUGCGCGACGCACACAGUCGCCUGUUGCGGCAGACCCAGCGCCAGCUCUGCACCGGUCGGCACGAUCUCAAGAGAUAG